AUGGAGAAAAAUAACAACAAUAUUAUUAGUAAGGAGCAAAACCAGGCAAAGGAUGAUGGAGCUUCAAAUUCGAGACAAAGGACGCAUGAAUUGGCUUCAACAUCAUCAUCAGCAUCGACCACACAAAGGUCACGUUUUCCACCAGGCUACCGUUUCAUGCCGACCGACCACGAGCUCAUCGUCGACUACUUAAUGAAGAAAGUCGACAAUGAACGAAUCCCAGUUGACGAGAUGUGUGAAGUUGAACUUUACCUCUUGUCUCCUGAGUCCCUCGCUGAGAAAUAUCCGCAACUUGGGGACAAAGAAUGGUACUUCUUCACUCCACGUGACCGUAAGUAUCCAAACGGUAGCAGGCCGAGUCGCUCAGUCAAGGAAGGAGGCUACUGGAAGGCUACGGGUGCCGACAAAGAAAUUUUCUCAGGCGGUGGCGAAAUAAUCGGCAGGAAAAAGGCUCUUGUUUUCUACGAGGGAAAUCCUAGGCCGGGAGAAGGAAAAAAAACCAAUUGGAUCAUGCAUGAGUACAAACUCAACACUCCUUCCAAGAGCCCCAAUUGUACUGGUAUGAGGUUAGAUGAUUGGGUCCUAUGCCGGGUCUACAAAAAGCUGGAAAGGUCGAAUAAAAAGCAAAGGGAUGUUGAUGAAAGUGUUCCUGACGAUGAGGACUAUAGUCUGGAGUCCCCAUUAUUAGGCGAUACCAGUGAAUUGGAAGACGACAACAAAGGCAUUGUGAUCAUGGAAGAUGACAACAAAGGCAUUGUGGUGAUGGGCAAAAUGGCCGAACAGAGUCCGAUGAUCACGAGCAACAAAGGAAUCUUGAUGAUGGAUCAAAUGGGUGAGCAGAGUGGGAUGAUGAGGAGCAACGAUAAUGGCGUUAGAGAUGUGAAUGUUUACCACCAACACCCGUUGUUACUGGAUAACAGUUACCAGUUGUCGACUAACAGUUACAGCAUGAACUUCCCAUACGUAGCCAACCACAUGGCGCAUGCGGGCCCGAAUUUUGGUGAACAUUAUUAUAAUCAUGGGAUGUUUCAUGAUCAUAAUCCCUACUUUGAGAGCAGACAACCACCUAUAUUGGGCUCAUCUUAUCACCAUAAUCCAAUGGGAUUCGUGUGGCCGCAUGAGAGUAGUACCUAUCUUCCACUCCAACAUAAUACCUUGGAUAUUAGCGACAUGGAAUUUGUCGAUCAAUGUUUAAGGACCGAUGAGGGUGAGGCUCCUAAUGAUGAAGACAACCAAAAUCUCGAUUGCGCGCCACCCCAAUAA